AUGCUCAUAAAUGAGCAGAGCAAAUAAAUUUAAAUGCCAACAGUUUUCAAUGUUGACUAUUCUGGAGACAGAUCACUAUAUGCCAGUUUUCAGCCACCUUGCGCAUCAACUUAGUAAAUCCUUGGAGACCUUUUUUCUACUUAUGAUAAAUUCAUAAAGCCAAUGGUUGAACCUAAUGAUGAAAUCAAUGAACUAUUCUAAAUUGAUGAGAAUGAGAUUAUGGCCAAGCAUGUAGCAUCAAUUUUAGAAGAAGGAAUCGAUGAGCACGAAUAGAGAGACUAUCUUGAUCAUGAAGUCACUAGUAUUUAUCAAUAGGCAAUCCAAUCGAAUAUUGAGAAAGCUAAUGUGAGAUUAGACACUGAUCUGGCUAUAUCUGUCCCACAAUUUAAACUUUUGACUGGGUAGAUUUAAGGAUAUAAUGCUCAAAUUUCUCAAUUAGUCCAAGAUACUCUCGAGCUAAAAUAAGAUCUCUUAAAAGAAGAAGAACUUGAUCAGUUGCUUAGGGAUAUUGAUAUAAGUGAUUCAAUAAAUACUCUAUAAGCAGAAGUUAACACUGCAACUCAACUUCAUAUAAUUCACAAAGCAUUAGAAGCAAAAAACAUUGCAAUGAACAGGAAUUAAGAAAGAGGCACUGGAGAGGAGUCUAAGAACAAGUUUCAAAGCAACAAUGAAAUUGAUAAGGCAUUGAUAGAGAAGAGAAAAUACAACUAAUCUCUGAUUGAGAAGCAAUAAGAAGCACAGCAAAUCAAAGAUGCUUAAAUUUUGUAGAAUUCCCAAAUUAUAGAAAAAAAUAUGUCAAUCAAUACAUCAUCAUCAAUAGAUUUCGCUUUCAAAGAUCACAAUGAAGAUGAGAUUGAAUUUAUAGUACAAGAUAAUAGACCUUUGAGGGAGUAAAUUGAGUCAAACAGGAUUGAAGAAGAAAAGUUCAAAGACUCCACAAUGCAAAUAGAUACCACUCUAAAUGGAAAAUAACAGAAUGCAACAGAAAUUAACAAGAAAUGGUUCUAAGUCGAUGAGCUGGAUGUUAGAAGAUUUUAGGAACUAGUUCCAAAUAUGGUAAUAGAGUACCCCUUCGAGCUGGAUGAAUUCCAAAAAAGAGCGAUAUACAGACUAGAGUAGAACUGUUGUGUUUUCGUGGCUGCUCAUACUUCAGCAGGUAAAACAGUUGUAGCUGAGUAUGCUAUUGCCUUAGCCUUUAAGCAUGCUACAAAGACGAUAUACACUUCACCAAUAAAGGCACUUUCAAAUUAAAAAUUCAGAGAAUUCAAAGAUUUAUUUGGAGAUGUCGGUAUUAGAACAGGAGAUGUAACUCUGAAUGGAAGUGCUUCGUGUGUUGUCAUGACUACUGAAAUUUUACAGCAAAUGAUUUACAAUGAGUCUGAUUUUCUAAAAGAUGUUGAAUGGGUUAUCUUUGAUGAAGUCCAUUAUAUCAACAAUGAAGUAAGACAUAUCAAUUUAAAAGAAUACCAAUAGGAAAGAGGUACUGUUUGGGAAGAAGUCAUCAUGAAGUUACCAGAUCAUAUAAAUUUUGUAAUGCUUUCAGCCACAGUUCCCAAUUACAAAGAAUUCGCUGAAUGGGUUGGUAGAACUAAGAGGAAGCAAGUGUAUGUUUAAAUGACUGAAAAAAGACCUGUACCAUUGUAGCAUAAGCUGCUUUAUAAAGAUAAAUUAAGUUUGGCAAAGGAUGAAAGUGGUCGUAUUUAAAUAGAUGAAAUAAAGAAAGUUUUAAAGGAAGAAGAAAUUCAUAACAGGUCAAAAGGAAGAGAGGACAAUAAGACUCAGAAAGAGGAGUUAAAAUAAGAUGGGGAUAAAAAAGAAAUUGAUUUUAAGGAAAAAGCAAGAAAAGCUAAAGAUCAUGCUCUCCAAAAAGCUGCUUCCAAAGGAAUGAAGUAAGCUAAUUCUGGAGGAGGUGUAGUAUUCUGCUUUGCUAGAUCUGAAUGCACAGAUAUUCCCAAUCAACUACCAGAGACAUUGGAGUUUACCACAGGUGAAGAAAAAGGAAAAAUAAAGAAUUUCUUGAAGUCAAAACUUCAAAGAUUGAGUGAGCUUGACAGGGAACUACCAUAAAUUAAGAGUAUCAAGGGACUUUUAGUUAGAGGAAUAGGUAUUCAUCAUGCUGGUAUGCUUCCAAUUGUGAAAGAACUUGUUGAAAUUUUGUUUUCUGAUGGUUUUUUGAAGGUAAUUUUUGCUACUACCACCUUUGCUAUUGGUCUAAAUAUGCCAGCCAGAAGUGUUUUCUUUACUAAAAUUAUGAAAUGGAAUGGAAAUGAAUCUGCCUUGCUUGAAACAAGUGAAUAUUUAUAAAUGGCUGGAAGAGCUGGAAGAAGAGGAAAGGAUCAGUUUGGAACAUGUAUACUUAGCAUUGAUAGAACUUUUGGGCAGGUCCCUAAGUUAGAUUAAUUUGAGCAAAUAUUGGCAAAUCAAGGAGACAGGCUAGAAUCAAAGCUAAGACUAAGUUAUCAGUUUGCCUUGAAUGUUGUUUAGUCAGACGAUCUUGUGAUCAAUGAAGUCCUCAAGCAAUCUUUCUUUGAAAAUGAGAAUGAGAAAGAGAGAGUGAUUACUUAAGAUAAAGUUCAAAAACUUCAAAUUAAAAUCUAGAGAGCCCAGUAUAUUGAGUGUGAAUGUGCUUCAGUUGAUGAAUUAUAGACUGUUCACGGCAUUUAUUAGGGACUUUGCGAUGUCAAUAGAAGAAUUUUCACUGUGCAAAGAAAGGACUUUGUUUAAAUGGGAAUCAUUCAAGUUAUCACUCCAAGAUUUGUAUUCUAAAACUUGGUAGUAAUUUAAGAAUGGACUGAGAAUAAGGAUGAAUUGAUUUGCCUUUAUAUCAAUCAAAAUUACCGAGAAUCUAAUCUCUAUUCUGAAUAUGAGUAACUCUUUGAAAACACAAGAUUGAAUUUUAAGGGAUUCAAUUAAAAUAAUGUGUACUACGAACUUGUCACAAUUAACAUUAGAAAUGUUGUUAAACUCUAUUCCAAUGUAAUUAAAUUAAGUUCUAAAGUCAACUUGGGAAGAGGAGGAUAAAUUCCAGUCGGACCUUUGAAAGAUAUAAUCUUCCAAUUUCUUGAUAUGAGAAUAUUCCAAGAAUGGAAGCUAGGUCCAAUGACAAACAAAGAAGUUAAGGAACAAAAAGUUCUAUUAGAUUCAAUUAAUUAAUUCAAGUGCAUAAAAUGUCCAAAAAUUAGUGCCCACUUGACUUAAAUUGCUUGUCUAGAUUCAUUUACGUUUGACCUUGUGAACUGCAAAUCUUUAUUAGAUGAUAAAGAUCUUGAAAAAUCAAAUGAUUUUUCUUCAAAAAUUAAUGUUUUAAUGCACUACGGCUAUUUAGAUAAAGGCUUAAAUUAGAAUUUCAAAGGCAGAGUGUUCCAGACUUUCUCUACAAAUUAGUUUUUGCUUACUGAAUUAAUAUUCUCAGGUCUAUUGAUAGAUUUAUCGGAUGAGGAAUUAAUUGCACUUAUAUCAACACUUGAAACAUAGAAUAGAUCAAAAGUGGAUGAAUCUGAGGCUAAAAUAAGUGAGUCAUUCUAGGCAGCUUUAAACUUCUUGGUUUCUGAAGCUGAGAAAUUUAUGUAGGCUGAAAGAGAAUUUAAGGUAUCAGGAGCGAAUGAUGAUAUUACUAAAUUACUGUGUUUGUAGUACUAUGAGAUUCUUUAUCACUGGGCUAGCUAGAAAUCAUUUGCAGAAGUUGUCAAGAUUUAGAAAGUAGAUGAAGGAAAUAUCGUCAAAGUUGUUUAGAAUGUAGCUAGGUUACUUACUCACAUGAAAAAUGCUGCAAGAGUAAUUGGAGAUGGCCAACUAGCUCAGAGAAUGGAUAACUGUGCAGUUUUGAUCAAAAGAGAUAUCAUAUUUACACCUAGUCUUUAUCUUGAGUGA